CUUUGCACAAGAUGUCUUUUGACACUAUACCCAGCCAUGCUUCGCUCAAGCCCAAGCCUUUCAAGGCCGAGGUCAGCGAAGAAGACCUCGAACACUUCAAGCAGCUGCUUAAGCUUUCCAAACUUGGACCCAAGACCUACGAGAAUCAGGUUGCCAAUGUGAAAGACUACACGCACUUCGGCAUCAGUCGCCAGUGGCUGAGUGAUGCUAAGGAACAUUGGGAGACCAGAUAUGACUGGCGUAAGACUGAAGCUCGAAUCAACAGCUUCCCCAAUUUCACAGUCCCGAUCGAGGAGGACGGCUUCACCUUCGAUGUCCACUUUGUUGCACUGUUUUCGCAAAAGCCAGAUGCGGCGCCAUUGCUUCUAUCACACGGCUGGCCUGGUUCCUUUCUGGAGUUUCUGGGUGCCUUGGACAUGCUGAGGACGAAGUACAAGCCUGAGGAUUUGCCGUUCAAUGUUAUUGUUCCUUCAUUGCCAGGUUAUGGCUAUUCCUCUGGACCACCACUUGAUAGAAAUUGGACCACGGAGAAGAUGGCAGCUGUUCUGGACAAAUUGAUGGUGGGACUUGGCUUCGGCAAUGGCUACAUUGCACAAGGGGGUGAUAUUGGAAGCUUCGUGUCCAGGGUUCUAGGUGUCACCUCCGAAUCCUGUAAAGCUGUGCACCUGCAUCUUGUGAUAGGCACACAGGGCGAAGUGGACCACCUGAGUGAUGCUGAGAAGAAGGGAGUGAAAAGAAUGACGGACUUUUCCACAAUGGGCAAUGCGUACGCCCGCGAACAUGGUACACGACCUGCGACCAUCGGCUUGGUCUUGUCUGCCAGUCCGCUGUCGCUGCUAGCAUGGAUUGGCGAGAAAUUCCAACAAUGGAGUGAUGAGACGCCGCCAGUAGACGAGAUUCUCGACAGCGUCACAUUGUACUGGUUCACAGAGUCGUUUCCACGAGCCAUCUAUCCAUACCGACAAUUCUUCGGCGAAAAGCCAACCUUCUUCCACAACAACCCUGCGUACUAUAUCAAGAAGCCAAUGGGCUACACAUGGCAUCCAGAAGAGCUCGCACCUGCUCCCCGAGAUUGGGUCGCCGAGACUGGCAACCUGGUCUGGUUCCGCGCACAUAACGAAGGCGGCCAUUUCGCAGCUAUGGAGAAACCAGCACUGUUCGUCAAGGACAUGGAGGAUUUUGUCUCCGAAGUGUGGCCCAAGGCGAAGUGA